UUCAAAAAAUGAUCCUGCUGCUGGAGGGGAGUUGGGAGAGCAGCGGCUGAUACUAACCGGAGCAAUGUGGCAGCUGCUGUGCAUAAAAGUGAUGGGGCCGAGGGGCUGCAGGGCUCACCAUGAAGUCAAGUGGGGCUGCUGCAUCCAACCUGGAGGAGCUGGAGAGUGGCAGCAGCGAGAGCAGCUCGGGGAAAUCUCUGCCUUCCGCCAGAGCCCCAGGGAAGCGCAAGCGAAAGAGCCCUCGGCUGAGCGGGCUGAGCAAGCAGAGGCAAGCUGCCAAUGCCCGGGAGAGGGACCGAACCCACAGUGUGAAUACAGCUUUCAGUGCCCUCCGCACGCUCAUCCCAACCGAGCCUGCAGAUCGCAAGCUGUCCAAGAUAGAGACCUUGCGCCUGGCCUCAAGCUAUAUCUCGCACCUGGCUAACAUGCUGCUCUUACAGCAGCAGCAGAGUGAGAGCUUGGGAGAUGAGCCUGUGCCAUUGAGGCAGCCCUGCUUGCAAUACCAGCCUCCCCUGCAGGGCGGCACUACCGCAACAACACCAAGACCAAUCUGUACCUUCUGCCUGAGCAACCAGAGGAAACUGCACAGAGAAAGAGAGAAACUCUUGUCUCUUUGAAAGCUUUACGGAUGUUGAUUCAGAUGAGAAGCUUGUACAAAUGCUGGACUGAUUAUAGAACAGUUGUAGGUAACGUCACCGCAUGCGUGCAAUAAUGUUUACAUUGAAACUGUGCAAUUAUAUAUAUGAAAAAGGAAAAGGAAGUAAGGAAAGUAACCCUGAUUUGCACUUUGUUUUCCAUUGCAACAGGCUUGUUCAAGGGGCUUUUUGCAGAUGAAAUUGAACACGGUGGGGAAAGUUGCACCUGGCAUGGCAGCUAUUUUCGUGCGAGAUAUGUUAAACCUAAGCAGCCAAGCCCUGAUACUGAUGCCUCCUAAACCUAUGUCACAUGAUAGAACUUGAGCUUUCAAACACCCGUGCUUCCUCUUCAUGAGAGACUCUCAUAAUGUACCAGAUCCACAGCCUCUAUCCACUACUGGACAACUGAGCAAAGUUAUGCCUCUUCAAACACUCAUUUGCCUCUGCUAGCAAAUUCAAGGAUUUCCACUGAAAUUGAAUGGCAAAUGUGCAAAAUUAUAGGAACAGUACACAUUCAAAUGUCCCACUAAUGUACCAGUUUAGUUACCCCCAUUUCUUGUUUCUUGAUAAACACAGUGUGACUGCUUUUAUCGGUCCAAGGGCCAAAGAAGACAAUAUAUGAAUUGAAUGUGUACAUCUUGUUUCUGGCCAGUGGGUUAAUCCUUUCCCCCUGCUCCACAAUCCUGGUAUAAAUACUUUCUCCUGGCACAGCACCACAGUCCUGAUCCUGAUGGCCCCCUGCUGUUCUUUUUAAAGUAAAACAAGACCCAUUAAAGGCUUUAAUGUACUAUUUAGUUUGGCCCCUAGACAGUCACAGUGGGGGAUUUCCACUGUCCAAUCAAGAUCUGCAGAAUGCUCAAAAUGAAUCGUGAUGGGUCCCAACCCCCACCCCAGUUAGCCAUCAUGUAACUUGUACCCAUAAUAUUGAAAUGAGUAAAGCAGCCUGAUGUCAACUUCAGAACAAACCCAUCUUUGGCCAUAUGAAAGUACCCACAGGCUUGUGCCACGGCUCUCCUCCUGUCAAAUCAGCUUAGCCAAACGGCUCUUGAGGGAGAUGCAGCAAAACUGACAGGCUUGAAACUAGAGAAGGGCCAUAUAGUGACUCAGGCCAAUGCUUGAAACUGUGUGGGAUCUUUCUAAAUGUGUUCAUCAUUGAAGUGUGGAGCAGGGAAAGAUCCCAAGGGCCCUCUAAAUUUAUCUGCCCUCCUAGGUUACUCCCAAGUUGUUCCUGUAUGUUACCACGGGACAGCUGAUUACAGCUUGCCUUGGAGGCAUACAAUCUUGAUUUUGAAUUAAACUGAGCAUGUAAAAAAUGUGUCACAACAGAAUAACAACAAGAAAAGAGAAAUUAGUUUACUAUAGAAAAGUUUGUAAAAUGGUCAGCUGGAGUUUUCCUUUAGAGAGUGUAUAUGUAUAUAUCAGAGAUAGGGUGUGUAUGCUUAUAUGUGUAUGAAAACACUUUCGUAUUGAUAUAUAUAAUUGAAACACAUGGCCUCAUGUUUCAUAUCUAAAAGCAAUUUAUCCCACUCAGCCAUGAAACUCAUUGGGUGGCCUUGGGCCUGUUACUAUCUCUGAGCACCUAACCUACUUCACAGGGUUGUGGUGAGGAUAGACUGGGGAGGAGGAGAACCCUGUAUGCCACCUUGAGCUUCUUGGAGGAAAUGUGUAAUAUAAAUGUAAUAAUUAAAUAAAAUAGAUAAAAACAAAUUGAAAAAAAAUCAAUCAAGAUUAAUAAUGCCCCAAUAAUGGUUUCUCAGCAUUCCUAACUAAAAAAAAUAUUCCUGGGUUAUGACACAUAAUAGUAAUAGUCUGUGGCAUGCAUUCAAUGUAAUGGAAUCUUUAACUCUCCUAGCUGUCUGAAAUCCUUUGUCAUAAUUUUGCUUGUAAAAGGUAAAGGUGUCACCGCACUUGUAGUGUGAGUCGUUUCCGACUCUUAGGGUGACGUCUUGCAACAUUUUACUAGGCAGACCAUAUAUAUGGGGUGGGAUUGCCAGUUCCUUCCCCGGCCUUUCUUUACUCCCGGUACUCAUUUUACCGACCACGGAUGGAUGGAAGGCUGAGUGGACCUCGAUCCCUUUUACCGGAGAUUCGACUUCCUCCUCCUGUUGGAAUCGAACUCCAGCCAUGAGCAGAGCUUUCGGCUGCGUUACCGCCACUUACCACUCUGCGCCACGGAGGAUCUUAAUUUUGCUUGUAGUCAAAGAAUAAUACAGAGCAGGUAGGUGUGGCCCUAAGUAAACCUCUUCCCCUCACUAAAGCAACUUCUGGUCCUACUCACAUAAGCAUCCAGGUUUCUGUGGCUAUUGCUGACACAAAGCUGAAAUGCACAGCUCUCCAUUGUGGAGAUAAAAUGAGCCAGCAUGCCAGAGCAUAUUAGAAACAAACAACUCAGGUAGGAUGUGUGUGUUGAUAAUACAAUUUGAACAAAUAUGAAGCACAUUCUACUUCUUCCUCAUAUUAUUAUUAUUAUUAUUAUUAUUAUUAUUAUUAUUAUUAUUUAUUACAUUUGUAUAUCGCCCCAUAGCCGAAGCUCUCUGGGCAGUUUACAACAAUUAAAAACAUUAAAAACAAAUAUACAAAUAUACAAAUUUAAAAACACUUAAAAAAAAACAAUUUAAAAACAUAUGCUAAAAUGCCUGGGAGAAGAGGAAAGUCUUGACCUGGUGCCAAAAGGCUCACAGUGUUGGUGCCAGGCGCACCUCAUCACAAAGAUCAUUCCAUAAUUUGGGGGCCACCACUGAGAAAGCCCUCUCCCUUGUUGCCAUCCUCCGAGCUUCCCUCAGAGUAGGCACCUGGAGGAGGGCCUUUGAUGUUGAGUGUAGUGUACAGGUGGGUUCGUGUCGGGAGAGGUUUUCCAUCAGGUAUUGUGGUCCCAAGUCAUGUAAGACUUUAUAGGUUAAAACCAGCACUUUGAAUUGAGCUCAUAGUCUCAGGUUCAAUUACCACCAGGGGUGUUGUCAUCCACAGUCUUUGGGGGUCUUAGACCCCUUACAUUUUUGGGAGCAGAGUCCGAACAGAGUCCCUGUGUCUCCAGCAUCCUAUGAGACAAACAGCAUGAAAGGGGAGUCUAUUAGCUACUGAGAAGUCUUCUAACAUGCUUCCUUGUCCGGUCCUGCUGAUUGGAGUUGAUCAGAGUGAAAGGAGGUGAGUCAACCACUGAGAAGACUUUCUCAGCAGCUAACACUUUCCCCUUUCAUGCUUUCUGACUCCUAAGGAUAUCUGUUGUUGUAGGAGAAGGCAUUAUCAAGGAUCUCAUUCUCAACUCAGCAGCAAAAUGGCUGCAACUAACAUGAAAAGACCCUGCACUUCUAAAUUUGCCACUACACUACUGGUGCCCAGUUUGGGUGGCCUUUUUUCCCUCGUUCCCAUGACAGUCCCUGCUUAUAACAAACAAGUUUAUUCACCACUCCAAGCAGACUCUGCAAUUUUGCACACCUCCUACAAAGCUAUACAAUGCAGAUUGAGCAGAUGUUGAACAAGUCUCAUGAUGACCCAUUUAUAACAAUUAGCAUGGCUAUCACAACCAUCAGGUCCUAUGUAGUGACUGGUUCAUACAAAUUUUAUUCACGUUUUGGACAUAAAUAGAGAUGUGAAGGCCUGGAAAAAAAACCUGGCAAAAUUCAAGGAAAAAAACAAUUUUCCCCAUUUCCCCCAUUUUUUCUGUCCCUCCCUUUUCAGAAUUUUUCUAGUUUUCUUCCAGGCUUUCACACCUCUCUUUUAUUUUCUGUUAUGCUCCUGUAUUUUUAAAAAGAUCACAUACACUUUUAAUAACGAUCCUACAUUUGCUUUGAAAAAGACAACCGUAUUCUAAAUAAUAUAGGGAUUCUGAUCCUUUAUCCAUUCAAAGGACAACAGAUAUUCCAAAGAUGCCACUUUCCCAUCAUUCUGUUGCAGUGAUGAGGAAAAACUGCCCUUGCUAAAUAUUUUCUACUUUAGAGCUCUUAAAGGAAUAGAAGGCCUUGUCUCUUUUAGAAGAUGAUGCCAUGCUACUCAAGUUAAGUUUUCUAUAGUUGGAACAAAUGUGGUUUGCUCCAUUUUUUUUUACCAGAAAAAGUAGAAAAUUCCAUUGUGAUAUACUUAAGUGCUUACUUUAUAUGUACUACCCCUUCAUAAACAGGUAAAACGCAUCAUAAUUAGGGAUGAAGUUUUCCAAACAUUUCAAGAUCAAACUUAUCCAGAUGGAUUUGUUCCUGUUUUAUUCUUAUUGUACACAUUAUAUGCAUAAUGUUAUAUGCUUAUACAGUCCAGCUUUCCUAAAGCAACCAGCACAUGAACAGGCACAUAAAACAAUUCACAUAACUGUAUAAGCAUACUUUGAUGUUAAUACUACAAAAUUAUGCUGCAGAAAUACAGCACCACAUGGGGCUUGAUUCAUUGAUACACAUUAUAUGCAUCAUAUACAUAUAUUUUGAAUGUAAUUUUGCAUAGAAUUAGUCAGACUUUUUUUUUUUAAAAAUGCACAAGUGUCUCGGAAAUAACCAGGCACUUGAUGCAAGAGGCGGUCCUAUGCGGGCAAAGCUUGAUCAGAACAAAACCACCCAGUUCUGUGUAUAAAGCCAUUUAAAACAAAGUCCUCCUUCAUCCAUAAUCCUAGUAUUUUUUUAAAAAAACUCCUUCUGAACAUUUGAUCACUUUACAGUUCUCUCUACUGGGCCUGUCAUGCAUAUUUAUGCUGAAAACUGCUAACAAAAGUUAAAUGUUUGAUUUCUAAUAUCCAUGAAAGCUGGCAACAAAAUGAAUAUGACUCAAGGGAUUCCUUUAUCUUACAGUGUAUAGUGAGGCAAGACUAUAAUUUUCAAGCUAGCUAGAGAUGCGAAGGCCCAAGGAAAAAAAUGGAAAAAUUCAAGGAAAAAGGGUUUUUUUCUGUUCCCUCCCCUGAAUUUUUCCGUCUUUUUUUCUCAAAAAAAGGUGGGGGGAACAGAAAACCAUUUCCCCCCAUAAUUUUCCAGUUUUUUUUCCGCGCCUUCACUUCUCUAGUUUUAGCUGAGGUUUCCCAAUCCAAAAACAGCUAUGCUGCUAAUGCCUCCCCACACCAUUGUCACUCUAUGAGGCUGAGAUGUAACAAACCCUAGAGUCCACAGGAAGCAGCAGUUCACCUUCUGCCAAGACCAACUUUGCAUUGGUGAAAAUAAGAAAUAUCAGCACAUCUGCUUCAGGCUCACAUCCCCAACUCCAGUACCUCUUGCCUUUUUGGUAUUGAUGAAGUUCUUCCAAUAUUAUGUUGGUAAUAACUGGCCAAGUACAGUUGGUUACUGCAAAUUUAAGACUAGGGUUUCCAAGUGCUAACCUGGGGAUUCUGUGUCCACCCUAGUAUCCUUGGAUUUGCAGUUCACUACUCCACACAUUAACCAUCAUUUUGUCAUUUCAAAAAGAGUACAUUUGGCUUCGAUCAGUGAAAAGUAAGAGUAUGCUGUUGCACCAUCUCAAAAAAGAGUACAUGUACUCUUAAAAGAGUAUGGUUGGUAACCCUAUACAGGCAUAGCCCACUUUAACAUACGCAAUGGGACUGGAGUGUGUAUGUAAAGUGAAAAUGUACUUAAAGUGAAGCAAUUAUUUAUGCAUGUAUUUUACCGCAAUAGCCACUAGAUGGCAGUGGCGUCAUGCCAUUAAGUGUCCAUUAUUGCAAAGCGCGUAUGUUAAAGUGGGGUAUGGGGGAGUAUGGAGCAUGUACGUUAUAGCGAGGCAACUUUAAGUGAAGCAACUUUAAGCGGGGUAUGCCUGUAUAAGCGUGAGCACUCAAUGUUGUCAUAUUUUAUAUAUUGAGGGUAAAAAGAAAUCAGUUAUGUGCUGCAAGCCAGCUGUUUGUCUUGGGCAUGCAGGCUCAACACACAGAUGGAGUUCCCUCAUCUAAGAGCAUAAUCUUUCAGGAAUGUCUCCUGCAUAAACCCUACUGUAAUGAAUUGGAAUUGUGCAAAAGGGUAUUCUUUGGAGCAAAAUAUCCAGAUGGACACUAUGCCAUAAAAUGUUUGAGUUCACUUGGAUGCUACCACUUGAAUUUACACUUGUAAGUCAUCUUGUAUAAAUAUACUAUUUGGAAAUAGAAGUGAAGAGCCUGGUUCUCUUGUAAAUGUACAUAACAAAGUAUAUUGUAUACAGGUGGGCCCCGCCUAUAUGGCAGGUUCCGUUCUGGACCCCCGCCGUAAAGCGGAAAUCGCCGUAAAGCGGAACACCAUUAACUAUAAUGGGGCGCGUCACGCAAAAAUGACACAAAAUCGCAAAAAUCGGCUUUAAAAAGGGGAAUUAUAGCCGCCGCAUUAACGGAACACCAGGAAGCGAAGCGCCGGGAAGCAGGGCCCUACUGUACUGAUGGUGCUUAAUGUGCUAAUUUUCAAAUCCAAACAUUGUAAUCAUUUUUGUUGCUUCAGUGUAUGUUACCUAUGUAUACAGUCAAUGUCAUUCUAAAGCAUGCUAGGGCCAGUUAAACCAAAAUGCUCAGGAAUAAAAUCUUCCUGUGGUAUCCUGGGCAUUAUUCAUCCUUGCAUUUAACAACUUGCCUGAUAACCAUAGGUGACAAGGAAUGUCAUGUAAGUAGGUGCACAGCAUUUCAUGCAAGUGAUAAGUAGAUCUCACCCAUUUCUUCCCUGCAAUCUGCAUCGUUUCUGUGUUGGUUAUGGAGGAAAGGAAGCCCCAUCCAUCAUCUUUGUCCAUUCUCCACUAGCCUGCUGACAGUCUAGUACCCUGCAUUUCCAUGCUGGCUAUGAAGUAUGUGUGUGUGAGAGAGUAGUUACUGCUUCUCUGUGGCCAGCAUGGAAACAUAGGGCUACUAGCCCCUUGGUAGGAUAGUAAAAAAUGGCAAGCAAGUAACUUUUGAAAGCUUAUUUGCAAGGCUAGCACUACCGAUAAGAAGAAAAUAAUCAAUGUGGAAUUUUUAACAAAAGAUUUUAAACAUACAACCUGAAUGCUCCUAGUGGUUCAGAAACCCCAUGAGCACUCUAAUAAAAACAGUUGGUUUUUAAUAUAAGUUUGAUUUCUGCCCCCUAGGCUGAACAGCAUUAAAAGAGGCAAGUUUGUUUAUAAACCUCUGCAAAUUUCUUCUGAAAUAAAAUGUAUUUUUGUAACACAGAUUAAAAUUAAAAUAAUCCUAAA